UGUUCAUUUUUUUUUUUACUUUUCCAGUAAAUUGUGGUCAGAGGAAAAUAAGGCAAGAUGACGGUGGUCUACGCAGAUAUAAUGGCCAGCCAGGGCAACUUUGGCUCAUUCUGGAGGCUGUUGGCUAGAUGGCGUGGGAGCGUCUACAAGAUGGUGUGGCAGGACAUGUUGGUGUAUACCAUCCUCUUCCUGAUUCUGUCGCUAACCUAUCGCUUCGCUCUCAACGAAACGCAGAGGACGAGCUUCGAGAUGGUCGUCAUGCACUGUGCGAGGUUCCGGAACGUCAUCCCCGUAUCGUUCGUGUUGGGCUUCUUCGUGUCCCUCGUCGUCAGCCGUUGGUGGGGGAUGUACCAGAGUCUCCCGUGGCCGGACACGACGGCUAUCGUGGCGUCGUCUCUCAUACCAGGACAGGAUGCAGAGUCUUGCGCCAUCCGGGGGACAAUUCUGCGAUAUGUGAACCUGUCGAUUGCCCUGACGUUUUGCACGGUCUCCCCAGCGGUAAAGAAGAAGUUCAAGGGACUCAAUGGCUUGGUGGCUGCAGGCUACUUGACAGAAGACGAGAUGAUCGUCAUUGAAACCCUCAACACCAGGACGAAGGAACACAAGACGUGGGUCCCGAUCAUGUGGGCUUGUAAGCUAGUCGACAAGGCCCGCAAAGCGAACCUCAUCAGCAGCGACACGCACCAGAAGACUGUCAUAGGAGAGAUUCUUGUCGUGAGAACCAAGUGCGGAGAACUCCUUGGCUGGAACACCUACAACAUACCCUUAGUCUAUACCCAGGUCGUGACAAUAGCCGUGUACACAUUCUUCAUCUUCUCUAUCAUCGGAGAGCAGUUCCUGGACCCGGCAAAGAAGUAUGAGGACCGCGGCAUCGAUAUCUACGUGCCAGUCUUCUCGUUCCUGCAGCUUUUCUUCUACAUAGGGUGGCUCAAAGUUGCAGAGGCCCUACUCAAUCCCUUCGGCGAGGACGACCACGACUUCGAGUUCAUUCCUAUGCUGAGGAGGCAUCGAGAGAUGUCAGCGCUGCUCUGCAACCCCAGUCAGUCUGAUCUGCCAAACGCUGUCGUCGAUGGCAAGGAAAAGGCCCUGGUCGAACCUAUGUCCCCAAAAGGUGAUAACAAUGGCACUAACAUUCUGAUACCGGGUAGUAUGAGCCCGGUUGAGACGGUUAUCACGACGGACGGGAAGGCGAACUUCUUCAAGUGUCAGGUUAAUGGACCUUGAAGAGGAGAGAAGAGCAAUUGGGCUUCUGUUGGUAUGAGGCCAUGAGAUCAGAGGCAUGUUCACAAGAUAUAAAAGUGUGUCGUGUGUAUUUUGAAUCGAAGAGGACCUACGGAUACUGAAAGCGAAACGGAGAGUUGUCGAAUGAGCGUUGUCAGUAUUCCACCGAUGUUAAAAUGCAUUCCAGUUUCAACACCUCAGGGGUAUCAGAAGAUUGACAAGUGGAUAGUAUUCCUUAGUAUUAACAGUUAAGGGUAUAAAACACUCUCUAGUUCCAGAUUAAGUAGUAUGAGAAAUAUCUGUUUUGAAAACUUCGAACAUACCCAGUGUUUUCACAUUUUCAGUUUUGUCUGAAAGUAUUUUUUGGAACUGAGUAACAAACCAAUUUUCGUGAAAUUCUAAAGCAACCAACAGACUUACCUCAAAGAGGGGCCUAUGUAUUUGGAAACACAGAGUAUCUUAACUCAAGUAGUUGUGUCUUAGCCUCUCGAAAGGUACCUGAAGACUCAGUAGAUGUAGGGGACUUCAACAUCAAGUAGAAAGUUCAGCUGAGAUCAAUGUGGAACUCUUUGACAUCAUACUUCCCAACUGGGACCAGAAAGUGACGACACAUCAGUCUAUGAAAAAAAUGGUACAAUACGACUCAGUUGGGACUUGAAAGACGAUUUAGAAUAGGGAUAAAACGUGUCCACUUGAUGUGUAAAAUAAGCAAGAACUAGCAGUCCUGCAUUAUUUGUUAGUAUAAGAGAAACCAGCUUAAUCUUUGGACAAUAAAAACUUUGUACUUUGUUACUUGUCUACAGUAGCCAUUUGUGUAUAGUGGCACAUUAAACCUGCCUGCAGAUCAGGCUACAGGUUUGAUAUGUAAGUCCACAUUGGAGAAUUCUGACGAAAGUUCCCCCAGUGGAGGUAUAUUUCAGAGUCUCAAAAUGACUGGAGAUCUGUAGUUGAGAGCUUUAUAAGCCUUUCAGAGACUUCAGACUUUGUCCCAGGGAGUUUUGUGUCAGGCACUUUCUUAUGACGCUUCAGAAAACUGCUAGAAACAGCCCACAAGGUUCUACCAUGGUGAAUUCAUAGUACAAUCCUCAGACGAAUUUUCACUGUGAUGUGUUUUAUGUUUUAACAGGUCAGGCACAAAGUACCCAAAUUAUUCUGCAUAUAUAGAAGUGUUGUACUUUCACAGAUAGAAGAUACCAGUUGCUGUGUGCUGACGAACAGCGUGCUAGAUAUAUCUGCAGGCAUGAAAGCCCUUAUGAAUGUAAACAGUUUAUCUCCAACCAACCUUCACUGAAAAAAACAGCAAAAAUAAUUUGUCAUGAUUUGAAAUAUUACGUAGCCCCAGACUGUCUUCAAGAACAUACACUUUAGCUAGUUUGUACUCAAUUACUUUUAAUUUUUUUAUAUGAUAUUUACUUCCAUUUAGCCUUAGGUUUAUGGAGCAUAGAUAGGUUUUGGUAUAGAUCUGUUCAGAGAAUUCUCAUUUUAUGCUUUACGUAUUUUUUUAAUUCUGAACCUGGGUGUAUAGGGCAUUUUUUUAAACAUAUGAUGAUUCAGCUGUAAGUGAUUAUGUUAGCCAAGAAUGCAUACACUAAUGUUUAUACAUACAUACAUACAUAUAAACAAAGCUUUCAGUUAAAGUAUAUUAUCCUAAUUCUAAGUGUAGUUUGUGUUUAUCUUGAGAGAAAGAGAAAGAGAGAUCAUAUAUUGGAGAGAAUGGACCUUAAAGGUUCUCUCUCUCUCUCUCUCUCUCUCUCUCUCUCUCUCUCUCUCUCUCUCUCUCUCUCUCUCUCUCUCUCUCUCUCUCUCUCUCUCUCUCUCUCUCUCUCUCAGUGUUAUGUUGUCCAGUGUGUUUUUUGAGAAAGAGAGGGAGAGAGAGAGAGAGAAUUUUACCUCAAUUUCUGUCCUUGUGCAAUAUGCAAGUUGCAUAUUAUUCCAUAAAUAAUAAUAAUAAUGUAAUUCCAUUUUGUACCAAGUGCUGGAAUAUUUUUGUAUAACGUCUGAUGGUAUAUAAAGUAAAUCUU